AGGAAAUUUUCCAUUUAUCGUAGAAUGACUGAUCAGGAGCGCGCGGGUGUUGUAAUUAUAUCCCAAAAAUAUGAAUUGCUACCGGCUCCAAUAGCGCCUGGAUCUUAUCGCGGUUUGAAGCGAUGUCCAGAAUGUGGACAAUUGAAUGGUGUACGAAGCUCUGUCUGCCGUAAUGAAGACUGCCAAUUGAGGAGGGAUGCACUGCGUUUACGAGUGCCCUUAGAUCCCAUUCGCUUAGAGUGCUUAGAUGAUGGCAAAUUCCUAUACUCUUUACGAUGUAGGGAAAAAAAUGCCCAACCACGUAGUUUUGUCCUUUUGAAUUACUCCAGUGGACGGGAAUCAGGUUCGUUAGAGUGCUACUCUUGUGCCUCUAAAAGCACUAACAGUUCGGAGCUAUGCAAACAUAUCUUAGCUUGCAAUUCCCCAAAUAUAACAAAAGCAGAAGUUUUUCCCAUCUCCCGCGAUGUGCUUUGGAAUUUGAACAGUUUAGAUGAUGAGCACAAAGAACGCCUCUGGAAUAUUUGUCAGCAAGAGGAAAACAACGUGCCUGCUGUGCAGCGCAUUUCUAAUUCAUUAUUUGUAGUCAAAUGUGAUGAGUCGAAAGUUUUUCCAGCUGGCAGACUGCACGUUACAGCUGUAUGUAAUGGUGUAUCUACGCGGAAGGGUGUAUAUUCCUGCUCCUGCAAGAAACUAAAGAUUAUAGUCGAGCCAGACAACUCAGUCGUAAUGCAAGAAGAAGUUUGUGACCACAUUUUGCUAGUUUUAGCAGCUGUCUUAAGCAACCGAAAAGGUAAAACGGCGUAUGGAAACUUUACAAGUGCAUUAAAAUCCUUCUGGAUGCCAACAAGUAUCGAAACACCAAUCGUAGACUCCACGCAGGAGGAUGCACUUUUCGGUUUAAGCAUAGACAUUGGUGGGAACUUUAACAUGGAAAGCAGCGAUGGCCGACAAACAGACGAUAUAUUUAUUUAUAAUAAUGAUUUUAUGUCUGAUGAGAAUAUUCCAGAUUUUGAGGAUAUAAUCCUAAAUUAUCCACCCCGUUUAGAGGAUAAUAACGCGGAUAAUGCCACAUUAACAAAUUCAACAACAAACACCAAUGACAACUUACAUCCUGGAGAUCCUAAUUUAGGUUUAAGUUUCGCCGUUACGGCAGAAGACGCAGAAGACACACGGUUGCAUAAUGGUCCCUACUUCAACGAUGUGAAAACGGAGCCAUCCAAUCUGACAAAUAGCUUAACUACGGCGCACCUAGAAUUAAGUGAUUGUAAAAUUGAGCUAAUGGAUCAGUUUGAACUCACUGAUCAAAUAGACCUAUCAACCACUGACGAUAUCACACUACAGCAAGAGCAAACAUGGCUUGGCAACGGUAUAAGCAUUCUUGAAGCACCAGUAUUAAAUAGUACAGCACCAUCUACUGCCUGCACUGAAGUAUCGCCUGUCUUAAAAGCAUCGAACACACACCACACUUCUUAUUACAAUAAUAAUUCGUUGCUAAAAUCCAACCAAGUAUUGGAAGCACCACCGAUCGAAUUACCGACUAUUGCUAUGGUUAAAAAGUGCCCUGUAAAAGCGUCGGAGCUGGUCAAUGAAGUUAAUACACGUAAAUUUCCUCCACUUCCAGCAAAGAGAUCAUUAAUUGUUAAUGGAACAAAUCAGUCGGAACAGCAGCAAUCGAAUGAUGGAAGUCAAGUUUCGGACGUUGGCGAACCGUCGCUUGCUUUUUCAGCUUGGUUAGAUUAUGUCAUUGAAAUACUCAACGAAAGUAUCAGCAUUGUGGAAGAGAGAAGUGUAGAACAUACCUUUCAUGUGCAUGAGGAAAUAUUUGCCCAUUUCAGCAAACGUUUCAGCGCCGGCAUCAAGCUCCGCGUACCGAACAGUACUACGGUUGUGAAGGCAGGAAAAUAUAAGGGACUCAUAAAAUAUGUUUGGUACUUUACAAAUGCAUCAACAGUACGACGAAUUUUUACAUCAAAAAAUAUCUCACUGGAAACCGAACGUAUUUUUGAGUACAAUGCUGACGGUGUAUUUGUGCCUUUUGAGGCACAACGUAUUUUACCCGGUACGAACGUUAAACACAAACGUAUUUAUCCAAAGCUUUCACUCUAUAAGACAAAAAUAUGGUUCGAUAGCGGUAAAAGCGAAUAUAAAAACAGUUUCAAACUAGAAUGGCUGCCCAGUGCCUUUCCAAGAAGUCACCAUGGCAUAUUGAAACUCGAAUUUUCAGUAUGUGUGCUAGAUCCGCAGGAAAUGCAAAGAGCGAUCGAAGGAAAAUGAAUAUCAAUUACGAAUAUAACACUUAUUUGCCACAGCAAGAUAAAAUCUGUGUUCGUAUGGAACAGUAACUUAUGUCGGAAGGCCGGCUUUCGUACAAUGAACCAUUAGCAGCAUACGAUUGCGAAUGACUCUCUAGCGCCAAGCCAUGGAAGAACUCUUGGCAAAUAAAUGUGAAAUAAAUAGUUCCGAUACUAGCAAGUUAAUAUACUUAUUAAGCCUCAUUAAAGAAUAAAUGGAAUACUAAUGCCAGCCCGAAAUAUUGAUAUGAUACAUAUUUGUAUUAAAGACAUGUCAUAUCUUGUCAUUACUAAAGCUAAAUAUUUAAUUUUUGUACCAUAACCAUUGUUUACAUACAUAUGUAUAUGUUUGAAUAUGCUGAU